AUGCCCGGUGAUAAUCAAUCAAGUGAUCAAAACGGAUCAAACGUAACGAAUCCACCACCACCAUCGGUACAAUCGAGUCCCCCUCCGGUAGAAGUAGAGUCAAUUAGAAUUCGGCUUCCUACAUUUUGGAAUUCCAAUCCGGUCACAUGGUUUAUCCAAGCAGAAGCACAAUUCACAGUGCAUAGAAUAACCAGUUCUGAGACAAAAUACUGUCUCACGGUUGCCGCUCUGCCACCAGACACCUGUGACUCGGUAAUUGACAUUCUUUCAAAUCCACCUAAUACAAACAAGUACCUCGCACUUAAAACGGCACUCGUAGAACGCCAUUCGGUUUCCGAAAUAAAACGUUUAGAAACCCUCAUUGACAAAGCAGACAUUGGUGACCGAAAACCAUCGGAAGUAUUACGAUCGAUGAAAAUGCUUGCUGGUACCUCUUUUAAUGACGAUAUUGUCAAAAAUCUGUGGAUGCGUCGAUUACCUCAACCAAUUAAUAUCGCUUUAUUAUCGGUCGGUCAAAAAUCUCUAGAAGAAUUAUCAUCUCUCGCUGACAAAAUUUACGAAGCUUCACAAAAUACAAGCAUUUGUAGUCUUUCCACCACUCAGCAAGAUAAUAAUUCUUCUAAUGAACUUGAACAAAGGCUUAGUAGAAUUGAGUCGAUGAUAGAAGCAAUUUCGUUCGAUUCCCGUUCACGUAGUAAAAAUAGAAUAUUUCAAAAUAAGAGAAACAAGAGUAGUCGUUCACACAGUCGUGCAAAUUCAAAUUUAGGGUCGAAUAUCUGUUGGUAUCAUAGACGAUUCAAGAAAAAUGCUAAAAAAUGCGACAAGCCCUGCAACUUUGAUAAAAAGAAUAACCCAAACUAA